UAAGAAAUUGCCCUGCGAAACUCAUUGCUAUAUGUGUGAGGACUUUGUUUAUUACACUAUAAGGCUGAGUCAUCACUAGAGAGUGGGAAGAGCAGCAGCAGCAGCAGAGAAUCCAAACCCCAAAGCUGGUAUCACAGAGUACCACAUCUCCAAGUUGGGGGCUGGAGGGGAGCCACCAUGAGCGAUGUUACCAUUGUGAAAGAAGGUUGGGUUCAGAAGAGGGGAGAAUAUAUAAAAAACUGGAGGCCAAGAUAUUUCCUUUUGAAGACAGAUGGCUCAUUCAUAGGAUAUAAAGAGAAACCUCAAGAUGUGGAUUUACCUUAUCCCCUCAACAACUUUUCAGUGGCAAAAUGCCAGUUAAUGAAAACAGAACGACCAAAGCCAAACACAUUUAUUAUCAGAUGUCUCCAGUGGACCACUGUUAUAGAGAGAACAUUUCAUGUAGAUACUCCAGAGGAAAGGGAAGAAUGGACAGAAGCUAUUCAGGCUGUAGCAGACAGACUUCAGAGGCAAGAAGAGGAGAGAAUGAACUGUAGUCCAACUUCACAGAUUGAUAACAUAGGGGAGGAAGAGAUGGAUGCUUCUACAACUCAUCAUAAAAGAAAGACUAUGAAUGAUUUUGACUAUUUGAAACUACUAGGUAAAGGCACUUUUGGGAAAGUUAUUUUGGUUCGAGAGAAGGCAAGUGGGAAAUAUUAUGCAAUGAAGAUUCUGAAGAAAGAAGUUAUUAUUGCAAAGGAUGAAGUGGCACAUACUCUAACUGAAAGCAGAGUAUUAAAGAACACUAGACAUCCCUUUUUAACAUCCUUGAAAUAUUCCUUCCAGACAAAAGACCGUUUGUGUUUUGUGAUGGAAUAUGUUAAUGGGGGAGAGCUGUUUUUCCAUUUGUCGCGAGAGCGGGUGUUCUCUGAGGACCGCACACGCUUCUACGGAGCAGAGAUUGUCUCUGCCUUGGACUAUCUGCAUUCCGGGAAGAUUGUGUACCGUGAUCUCAAGUUGGAGAAUUUGAUGCUGGAUAAAGAUGGCCACAUAAAAAUUACGGAUUUUGGACUUUGCAAAGAAGGGAUCACAGAUGCAGCCACCAUGAAGACGUUCUGUGGUACACCAGAAUAUCUGGCGCCAGAGGUGUUGGAAGAUAAUGACUAUGGCCGGGCAGUGGACUGGUGGGGCCUUGGCGUCGUCAUGUAUGAGAUGAUGUGUGGGAGAUUGCCUUUCUACAACCAGGAUCACGAGAAACUUUUUGAACUAAUACUAAUGGAAGACAUUAAAUUUCCUCGAACACUCUCUUCAGAUGCAAAAUCGUUGCUUUCAGGGCUCUUGAUAAAGGAUCCAAAUAAACGCCUUGGUGGAGGACCAGAUGAUGCAAAAGAAAUUAUGAGACACAGUUUCUUCUCUGGAGUAAACUGGCAAGAUGUAUAUGACAAAAAGCUUGUACCUCCUUUUAAGCCUCAAGUAACAUCCGAGACAGAUACCAGAUAUUUUGAUGAAGAAUUUACAGCUCAGACUAUUACAAUAACACCACCUGAAAAAUACGACGAGGACGGCAUGGACUGCGUGGACAGCGAGCGGCGGCCGCACUUCCCCCAGUUUUCCUACUCGGCCAGCGGACGCGAAUAGGUCUCUGUCAUUCUGCUGCUUCACUGUCAUCCUAGAUUCAUUACCGAAAAGGGUUCCUGGACAUCAGCAGUCCUCGCUCUUACAAACAGCAGGAGCGCCGUCAGCCACCCCAGACCCACCCAGGGUCUCCGCCCCUCGCCACCUCCCGCCCACACGGGACACACACACACGCAGAUGCACUCGACUUUCUGUUUUUGCAUGAAACUGUAUCUCGGUCUAGGGUCCCAUGCUGUUGCUGCUACUGUCUCACUGUUACAGCAGCUUUAGGAGGUAAUUUUCCAGCCUUUGGAGGUCGUGACCCCCGCUACUCAUUCGUGCGCAAAUCGUCAUCUUCUGAACUUUUAGUUCUCGUUUCUCCCUAACAGUGAAGGACAAAUGAGAUACACUGAUCCUAGGUACAUUUUUUAACUUUCUAGAAGAUAAAUCAAAAACUAAUUAGACUAAGAAGAUUUAGUUUAUAAUUCAGAACAAGCAAUUGUGGAAGGGUGGUGUGUGCAUAUGCAGAAUCUGAGUGACGCGAACCCAGACGGCGUCUGGAGCGGGUGUCCGCCGCUGGGAUCUGGCUGAGUCAUUAGGAAGCGUUUGAGCGGAGGACUGAACACCUGUUGAGAUAGAUACGUCUCAGUCCGUGUGUGUUUAAAUUCCUGUGGGAUACCGCAGAGGAAGCUGGUGUUACGGUUGGCUGUCCAGAUUUCGCGGGCAGUCACGGGCAGACGAAACUGUUCCACCGAGGAAGGAGGCGAGCGUAUGCACAGCAGAGUCAAGGUCACUUAGAGGGUCUUUGAUGGGAUUUGCACCAGAGAGCAUUUUUUUUCCCUGUGCUUGGAAACCUUUUUCCAUUAAUAUUUAUCGCCUCUGAUGGCUGAAGAAUGUAGACAGGUAUAAUGAUCCUGCUUUUCACCAAAAUUCGUGCACCAAGGUGAACAGGUGUUUGCCUUACUUGUUUGAACCUUUCAUUUCAGUUCUACGUGAGUUAGUUUCUUCUCAGAUGUUAAAACUUUGUCCUUUUAUGAUUUUGUUUAUAUUGCAGUAGUAUUUAUUUUUUAGUGAUGAGAAUUGUGUGUCAUGUUAGCAAAUGCAGCUCCAACCUACACAAAUAGACUCACUGCAGUUUAUUCUGACCCACGUGCAAGGAAUGUCCACGCCAAUGAGAAUCGUGCACUUUUUCUCCUAUGUCAAAAAAUUUCGAUGAGACUCUGAAAUUGUACAUAGUGGUUAGAAUUUGGCUUUGGGAGAAGAGAUGCUGUCAUCUAACCCCUUGGUGCUAAAAAUGAGAAAAUCCCCAACUCCCCAUGCCAAGGGGUUAAUGAAACACGGGUGUUGACGUUGGCUCGUUUAGGAAGUGAGAGGUCAUGACGGCCUGUCAACAUAACGGAACGAAGAAAAUUGAGACCCGAAUGACGAUAAGAAAUGAACUUUACUCGGCAAAACGAACACAUCUCGAGUAUCUACAAAGUAGGCAGUAAAGGAUAAGAACCUGGUAUGUUUAGUCUGAUCAUGGUACAUGAAUCACUGAAUUAAGCCAUCAGGGAAAACAAAACAAAACAAAACAAAAAAAGAACACCUCUGACUUUUCUUUUUCUGUAUAUACUCAUGUCCCCAGAUUCCAACAUUUCUCACUGACAGGGGACAUGUAUACAAACCUCAUCUUUCUCCUUCAUUAAUGACGAUCUUCAGAUUAAACCCUUUGGUGCUAGGAGCUGACAUUUUCCAAAGCAGCCUAUGAAGUCCAGGGGCUGGGGGCUCUCCCGCGGCAAGCGGGAGGCCGUCCGGCUCCAUGGAGUGAUCAUGGAAAUGUAUCUUAGUUAAACUAUCUGACAGCUCCCAAAUGGAAGACUGCAGUGUGAUGUAGUAUUAUGAUUGCAUUGUAUGAAAGAGCAAGUGACUUUCUAGGCAGGAUGAAUCAUGUUCAUAUACAGAUGUCUUAGCCUCUUGAUGCUGGAAGUAUGGAUUAUAGAUAUCAGACCACUGCUGGCGGUGGGUGGACCACUGGGACUGACGGGGUCAAAGGGCAUUUUACUAAGGCAGCUAAGACACAUUCAGACAUAGAUUUUAGCCUAAUUUUUCAUAUUUCUACCUGAGUGAAGUUCAUCCUUAGCAUCGAGUAGGAAGUUACAGUGAAUGGUAGUUCAUUCUUUCUUACACAUAUCGCUCAACUUUUGUUGUUCACUGGGAAUUAUGUUGACUGUUCCACAUUCGCGAGGAAGUAGACUAGAAGGUAUGUCCUGUAAGUUGUCUUGCAUUCAUUUGACACAAAGGAAACGGGAGAGAGGAAGAGGAGAAGGCCGAGGCCGGCUGCCGAUCACAGCCUUCGUUCCUGCAGAGAGGAAGUGUGACACCACACACUAAGCACACCGAUAGCUUUUUUUGUUUUUCCAAAUCUUAAGGUGAUUUCCAUGACCUUGGCCAAGAACACGUCCUAAAGAUUAAUGACAGAGUCGACCGAGCCCCGGGCUGCCCGCGCCUCACAGCUGGCUCUCGGUCCCCACCAGAGCUCAGGGCUCGGUCACUUACCCCUCCAGGAUUCCCCGAGUGUCACGCAGCGUGUUUUCUUGGCUUCGAUGUUGAGAAACCCUUCCUUUCACUCCCAGAUCCCCAUCAGCUGGCACGGAGGAACGACAGGGAAGCAGGGAUGUAUGUAGGAGGCUUCUAGAACGUCGCCGUGUCUGCCCAUAGCUGUAGUUUUGGAUGCUGGCAGACGGAAAGGCGCAGACCUGGAGUCGCUCUAUCAGAACACACUUCAGACACCGCGGACCCCAUCUCGAACUCACGGUCGUGAAGUUCGCCCUCCCGUCAUCGUGGAGGAGACUGGCACCUUCUGCUCGGAGGUUCGGCACGGUCGCUCACAGCUUUGCUUUCUACACUAAUUCCAUAGCGUUACUCCAGUAUCGUUUUCCAUUUCCCACACCUGAUUUCUGGCUUCUUAAAGCUGACUGUUCUCGCAGGGGCCACUUGCUUCUCCUCGAGUGCGAAAGUGAGGGCCUUCCGUACUAACUGCAGGGUCUGUUACACCUCAGCGUACACACUUUGCUGCUACCGUUUGUACUGUCUUCAGUAGAAUUUCCUUAUCUUGCUCCUGGUAGUGCAUUACAGGCAAGCAUGAAAUGUAAAGUAUUUAUUUAAAUAAAAAGAAAACCUCUAAAUUGGUAAUUGAAUUACCUCCCUGUAGCUUUAUAGUUUGUGACAUUUCUCGACCUUGCUAGUUCGUUAAUUAGAUCCGCACAAGAUCUAGUCAUCUGGUUAAGGAUUUUAAGCAGACGCAACUAUGAACCCAAGAAACUGUAUUACUAUUACUGUCGGUCAUACUAAAACUGUUUAUUUCCUUAAGUAUAUGACCCACAAGGAUGUGAAAUAACUACAAGGAACUGUUUUUGUACACUGUACAUCCUUAGUAUUUUUACACGUAUAUGAUAGGGGUGCACAUUACCUUCCUUCGUACAGACAGCUUAAAUAAAGCACUAUGUCAAUCUGCUA